AUGGCAAUGUUUUCCAGCCAAAUGACUUCAACUCCUUUCUCAGUGCGCGAUAUAUUGAAUCUGGAGCAGAAUCAGGGGGACCUGGUCUCUCUGGACAUGUCUCAGCGGCUGGACACUACUCUUAUUCCCACAUCAUCCUGCAUGCUGUCAACUUUUAAACAAGAGCAGUUCAUGGACGUGCCAUCCGGAGCCUCUCUUUUCAGUGAAGACCUUCAGGACGACAAAACCAACAAAACCGGCUCUGUGAACUUCAAUGAAGCUGCCUUUUAUGGGAAGAAUUACUUGGAAAUGGACUAUGUUAAAGCCGCAAAGACGGAUGACACGUUUGAGGAUAAAGAGAAAAAAGACAUCAACUGUUCACAAGAAGAGCCGAGUGAGGAUCUAAAGCUGGAUGAUCCGGAUCGCCCCAAACAGAGGAAACGCAGGAAGCCUCGCGUGCUCUUCUCUCAAGCGCAGGUGUACGAGCUCGAAAGACGCUUCAAACAGCAGAAAUAUCUGUCUGCACCUGAGCGAGAUCAUCUAGCCAAUGUGCUCAAGCUCACCUCCACACAGGUGAAGAUCUGGUUUCAAAAUAGACGCUAUAAAUGUAAGAGACAGCGUCAGGAUCAGACCCUGGAGAUGGUGGGCAUCGCACCUCCAAGACGCAUCUCGGUGCCGGUUUUGGUUCGAGAUGGAAAACCAUGCUUGGGAGACACGUCCACUUACAAUGCUUCUUACAAUGUGGGAAUCAAUCAUUUCACCUAUAACACUUAUCCGGCGUUUAGUAACUUCCCGAGUCCAGGCAACACGAACUACUCAUGCAACUAUCCAUCAAGCAUGUCGAGCAUCCCCUCCUCACAGUCCAACAGUAACUACAUGAACUUUGGAGUUGGGGAUUUAAACAAUGUCCAGGCAUCAUUUCAAUCCAGCAGCGGGGUGUCAUCAUUACAUGGGAUCCGGGCUUGGUGA